AUUUAUUUCAUUUCCUCACGUGUGAUAUACAGUUAUUUCCAAGCCAAGUAAUUAUUUUAAAAACUAUUGAAAGAAACGUUUAUUAUCGAUAUCAUAAAACGAGCAUAUAUCCUCAUGAAUUAACGAAUCGCGAUAUCAAGAUCCAUCCGCCUGCGCCUCCUGAACUAACUCCAGCAGCGACACACACACAGCGUGCUCCAGCUGCAUACCUCAGGACUGUGAGCCCGUCUCCCGCUUAAAUACAACCCUCAAACUCACUGGAGGAGCUCAAACAAGACUCGAAGCCUCGAUAGUUGUGCGUGUGGUGACUAAAUAUGAAGGUUAAAGUUCAUUCAGACGCUGAUUCGCAGACACAGAGUUGCUCCAGCAGUGAUGAGGAGGGAACAAACAGCGACAACCAGUUUAUCGUCGUCAAGCUUGAAGAUGAAGAUCCAGAAACCGAGAUGGAUCUGAGUAUAUUCGCCCCUGUCGAGUCCUCGGAGUGUGAGGAAGAGGAGGAUGAAGACGACGAUGAUCUUUCCGAGUCCGGCAGUGUUUCUACCUGGAGAAUGAAAAACACCCGGGAGCGAGAUAACCAGGAGGAUCCUUCCAGGAGAAGUUUAACAGGACAGCGGAAGAGCCGACAGACCUCUCUAUCUGAGCAGAGACACAAGCAGAGUCUGGACUGCAGUGUGGCAAACAGGGACGUGGAUGUCGGACUCCCGUCUGAGAAUCACACAUUUUACCAAGCUGCGCCUCCGUCUGAUUCAGCCUGUCGAGGUCCUGUAGAGACGUCUGGACUGGGCACAGCCAUCAGCCCUUUAGCUGCCAUGGAGCCUCCUGUAUUUCCAAAUGCACCAGUACAGAGCACAUCUGUCGUCGGGGAGGAUCAGCAGAAUAUACUACUUGAGGUCCUGAACCAUUGUAGGUUCCUGCAUGCAGCAGUGCAGAGGCUUGAACAGAAGAUCGACAGACAGAUGUCAAAUGAGCCAUUAUAUGAAAGAAGCUCAGCGAUGCUGAAGAAUGGUCCAAAGAGAAGGGCGUCUCUGCGUGUUGAAGAAGGGCAGAUGUCCUGGUCUUUGGCCCAGAGACUUGAUCCACCAGUCCAGAGAAACCCACGCUGGAUCCCUCCCUGGAAACGAGGGCUGGACAAGGCAGACCUUCAGCAGGCUGACAACAGCAGCCCUCAGCCAGGCAAACCUCCCGGUGUAGGACGAGGCAGGGGACGAGGCAGGGGCAGGGGAAGAGGCAGAGGACGGGGGCGCGGUAACGGAUCCCAGCGUCAGUCUCAAACUCCUGAUCCUGCCUCACUCAUCUCAAAGCCCAAUGGAGAAGAGGUCUGCACUGCAUCCACAGAAGACCCACAGCCGUCCCAGGUAAUGAAGGAAGGCUGUCCGGCUGACACGGUCUCAAAGCGUCAGCAGAAAAGAAAGAAAUCCUUUACUCAGGUGGACGGGGAGGAUGUUCAACUGGAGAAGAUGCCCAACAGUAAAGAGGCCACACUUGAAGUUCAGGUUGACCAAGUAAUGAUUGGAAGCCCCUUGAGGAAAGUCUGGAUCCCUCUGUCUGUGUACAAGGAGGUGUUUAAGCAGGCGGAGCCCCAGAAGGCAGUCGUGCCGGUGCUCCACGCUCUCUUCCCCAUCAGCACACUGUCCUGCAGUGCAGUCACAGGAAACCCUGCAAAAGGCAUCCAGCAACUCGACCCCAACAAAAUAGAAGCCCUUCGAGAGUUUCUUGCUGAGAUGUACCCACAGUUUGACGUUGGUGUGAGGGGUGUGACGUGGGCACAGUGUCUUGGAGUGAUAAACAACAUCAACAAAGACCUCAAGAAACAAGUGGAAAAAACAUCACACCUGCCAACAGAGGGCAGUUGCACAAGUAAUGAUUGUUCAUACUCCUGAAGAUCUGACACUCAUACUCGCUCGAUGUGCAACAACGUAACCAGUUACAUUCACUUCAAUCGAUCAUCUGAACUGAUAGUGUUCAUAACUGACUGUUUUGACAACAGCCGUCUUUUGUUCUCUUCUAUUGCUGCUGAGUUCAGUGGAGAGAGGUUUUGGAUGUGUAAUAUAUUAACAAAUCUUCUGUUCUUAAUAAAUUUGUAUAUUAACUUUAAUUUUUGUUUAAACAUAUGUUAUUGUACAUUUUAUAUAGCCAAAUAAAGACUUUUUCAGA